AUGAAGAUAUACUCUCUCGCUGUCGUCCUUUCCCCUCCAUCUGGUCCAAGUGCCAUCCUUAGCCAAGCAUCCGACUUAUCUUCGUUCUCGUUCUACCAGAAAGGCUCUGUUGGCGAGUUCAUGACGUUCUUCACAAAGACCGUCGCAGAGAGGACUUCUCAAGGCCAGCGGCAGACCGUUCAAGAGAACAACUACACCGCCCAUGUGUACAACCGUGGUGGUGCCGAACAGCUGUCUGCCGUCAUUGUUACUGAUAUGGAGUACCCUGCCCGACCUGCAUUCUCCUUGCUCACGAAGAUCCUUGACGAAUUCACUGCCAAAGUCCCCCAGUCCUCCUUCUCGAACCCCUCCGCUAUCUCGUUCCCCGACAUCAACACGUACAUCCAGAAAUACCAGGACCCUCGGCAGGCAGAUAAUAUUAUGAGAGUACAGCAGGAAUUAGAUGAGACCAAGAUCAUUCUGCAUAAGACAAUCGAGUCUGUGCUGGAGAGGGGAGAGAAGUUGGAUAACCUGGUCGAGCGCUCGACAGCGCUGUCGGCUCAGAGCAAGAUGUUUUACAAGACGGCGAAAAAGCAAAACAGUUGCUGCUCCGUUAUGUGA